CCAGUUAAACUGGCUCACUCAUUCACUAGCUCUGCAAAAGUGCAUACAUAUAAAUCGGUUAGUGUCCAGUCUUGCUCGUCAUUCUUUGUUCAUACGGCAAACUGUGUAUUGUGAAUGUGCGACUCUUGCCAUUAAACUGUAUUUAACUCCUGAUUAGUCAACGUGCCCACCAUGAUCAAUUCUCCAAAUGGCCAAAGUUUUAAAACAGUGACCUUGUUACUUAUACUGGGAUCAUCACUCAUUCACAAUGCUGAAUCUCGGAACAUAUUAUCCGUGGAGUUCUUCGGGACUAAAAGUCAUGUAAUUACAUAUCUGCCUCUGCUGGAGGAAUUGGCUCGCAAGGGAGACAAGGUGACCCUUGUCAGUCCAUCGAAAGGGCUCACCAAGGAACCCAACAUUCGUGAAAUAUUCACAUUUGAGGGGGACGCGAUCUGGAAGGAAUUCAAGGUUGACAUGUACACGAUGAAGGAGAGGAACGAGGAGAUGAACCCCUUCACCAUGUUGACCCAAAUCAUCCCCAAAGGAUGCCGUGAACUUUAUGAUCGUCCUGAAAUCAAGGAUUUGCUCCAAAUGGAGUUCGACCUCGUUCUACUGCAACCCUUGUUCAACGACUGUGCGUUGGGUUUAAUUCACCAAAUCAUGACUAAAAACGGGUCCAAUCCAACCCCUCUCGUCCUCUUCUCACCACUCAGCGCCCCCAAUUUCAUGGUUGAAUAUCUGGGCGGUUACCACCCCAGCUCAUUCGUCUCCAAUACAUUCUUAAACUUUGGUGACGACAUGACCUUCUCCCAGAGGCUCCUCAACUUUGGUAUGAAUUUCCUGGUGGAUUCUAUCUACUCGUUCUACUACCUCCCAGUGAUGGAGGCCGUUUAUCGCGAGAAGAUUGGUCAGCCAGAUGCACCCUCUGCAAAAGACAUCCUCCGUCAGGCGUCCCUCAUCCUGUCCAAUGGCCACUUUUCCAUUAGUCGACCCAAACCGCAACUUCCAGACGUUGUAGAUGUCGGAGGAGUCCAUUCUCGAAAGGCCAAACCACUCCCAAAGGAGAUGGAAGACUUUGUGGCCGGUGGAGGGGAUGACGGUUUUAUCCUAUUCUCCCUCGGCACCAACCUUCGUGCCGACCAGAUGCCUCCCCACAAGCGGGCCAUCUUUCUCAACGUCUUUUCUCGCCUGAAACAAAGAGUGAUCUGGAAGUAUGAAGCUGACACUAUUCCCGGUCUGCCGAAAAACGUGCUUCUGAGCAAAUGGUUGCCCCAGCAGGACCUCCUCGGCCACCCAAAGAUCCGUCUCUUUAUCACACAUUGUGGGGGUGGUGGGACAGAAGAGGCCAUUUUCCACGGGACGCCUCUCCUUGGAAUCCCCUUCUUCGGAGACCAGCCCCUCAACGCCCAGGUGGCCCAGAACCACGGCUAUCUCGUCAUGUUGGAGUGGAAUGAGCUCACGGAAGAAAGACUCAUGGAGGCGAUCGAGGAAGUCAUCAACAACCCCAAAUAUCGUGCAAAUGUGGAGCGAUUAUCCAGUGUUUUUCGGGACCAGAUAGAUAGUCCUUUGGAUAGGGGUGUUUUCUGGCUGGAAUAUGUCAUGCGACACAAGGGGGCACCUCACCUCCGUUCGCCAUCCAGAAAUCUGUCCCACAUUCAGUACCACUCGCUCGAUGUGAUUGCUGCGUAUUUAAGCAUUAUAUUCGGCACGCUCUUCUUGCUAUUCGUCCUGAUCAAAAAGAUGCUCAGUUGGUGCGGAUUUGGAACAAGGACAAAAUGGUCAACGAAAACUUACAUAAAACAUAAAACUAGUUAACGAUACAUCAAACUUGUUCUUUUUUUAUGUUAUAUGCAGAUUUAUACAUGGUACAUCACUAAUUAGAAAUUUAAUAUUUUGUUUUGCUCCUAAAAUAUUAAUUCUCUAUGAAUCCUCAACUUUUAAUCUCGAUUAAAAUGUUAAUGAAAAACUUGGAGCGGAGCAACACAUCCAUGAUUACCGUCAAGUCUUGCCAAAAUCACUUUUCUUAGAUUUUCUCUCAAGGACUGCCGAAAUCUGACCCGGUGCAAUUAGGAGUGGUUCCGUCCCCUGACUUACUGAUUCGUCACUAAAUUAAGUCCUGACAUAUGUGAAUAUAUUAAAAUUUAGUUUUAUUUUAUGGCCAAAACUGA